AUGGCCGAAGCAAUCGGUCUCGCGACAAGCGUUAUCGCCGUUGCCGAAGUCACAGGCAAGGCCAUAGGUCUGACUCUCAAAAUCAAAUCGCUCUGGUGCGAAGUCAAGAACGUCCCAGCCGUUCUUCUCGAAAAGGCCGAAGAACUUCAAGAUCUAGACGACUAUCUCAAAGACGCCGAAACUCAGACUGCGAGCAGUCCUGUAUCCAAGUCGGUCAUCAACGAUGGGAUUAUGCAGAAGUCGCUCCGGCGAGCCCGCGCCGCGUUGGCAGAUAUACAGAACACCAUCGAUGACCUCAGUCUUCAGAUGUCUGAUCCGCGGAAGCAUCGACGCAAAUUGACUGCUGCAAAAUUUGUCUUGCAGAAAGAUACAAUAGAAGACAUGGAACGAAAGCUCGAUCGAGCUUUGGAACUUUUCAAGGUGGCUCAAGGAAUCUAUUGCACAAAAUUGACUAUGCUUUCCACGGCCAUCAUAUUGGAACGGCUCCCGAAUUGUUUGAGUCCUUCGGAAGUCACAGAGAAAUCAUCCCAAAAAGUCGAGGUGGCAGAAUUCUUUGAGCAACAUAAACCAGCUGUUGCCAACAAAGCUGGCAAAGACAACCUUGAUAUGGCUCAAGGCACAACCGCUAUUGGAAGGCUUCGUCUUGGGUUUGGAGACGACGUCUUCCAGAUUUCGCUCAGAUCACCCAGUUGGCUCGGCAGCAAGGUUUAUUCCGCCAUGUGCCACAAGAGCAUACUUGGGUGGCAAAUCAAUCUUAGAACUUAUGUGGUGAUCGAGAGCUUCUUCGGCUUUGAAGAUGCCGUGAAGUCCGACGAUCCACAGGCUCUCAUGCAACAUUUGCGAUCAAAAUCGCUCACACCAUUUGUUCAAAACGAGGGCGGGGAAAGCUUAUUAUCCGUACGUGAAUCCAACUACCAGCUCGACGAGAUAAGAGCAAUUGGCACUGAUCCGAUCGGUGACUUCAAGGAGCUGAGGUUCAUCAUCCUCAAAUGGGAAUCGGGGCUUCGUCUGCUCGAGCACCCCGUGGCGAUCCCGCCCAGUCGGAAUCCGUCACUGGGUAUGCGCGACUAG